CCUGUCCUCCGCUUAUUUGGCUGAAGUUCUGAGUGGUCGAUGGCCUGAUUACCUGUUUUCCGGGCAUAUCCAACCUGUGGCCCCCUUGCCUGGCGUAAAUGGGCAGAGUUAGGAUAGGUUCUUGGAAUGUUCAGGGGUUAGGGGACUCGGAUGGCACGCAGAAGGGUAGACGGCUGAAAUCAUGGAUAUUUGAGCAAAGUGUGGAUAUCAUGCUGAUUCAAGAGACCAAAUUAUCGGAGCGGAAGCUAGGACAGUUAGGGGACUGGUGGCAGGGACCACUGCUGUGGUCUCCAGCACAGGGAAGUAGAGGUGGUGUUGCGAUUUUGAUUCACAACAGGGUAGAGGCAAGAGUGAUUGAAUGUGAUAAUGACUUAUGGGGUCGAUGGUCAUGGGUCAAACUGAGUAUAGGGAAAGAAGAUUGGGUGCUGGCAUCAGUAUAUGCCCCUAAUGACCCGCUUGCAAGGAUUGAGUUUAUUGAGCUCCUGCCGUACAAACUGCCCAGGUCGGAACACAUCAUCGUUGGCGGAGACUGGAAUAUGGUGAGAUGUCCAGGUCUGGACUCAGAGAAACCAGAGGGAAUGAAGAGGGAUAGGCGGACGCUGUUGCUGUGGAUGGAAAAAUGGGGUCUGCGUGAUGUCUUCCGGGAAAUGCACCCGGUGGACCCAGGCUAUACCUGGUUUGGUACGGCUCCUCAGACGGCUCACGUCAGAAGGAGACUUGAUUUUUUCUUAGUCUCAGGAGCUGUAGCAGACAAUGUGCAAACAGUGGGGGAACAGAGUGCCUCCAUGUCGGACCAUAAACCGAUUAGGUUGGAAAUCCAAUCAGGGGAAGUCAGCUCGAGAGGGCCAGGCUGCUUCAGGUUGAACACCCAACUACUGGAAGAUCAAGGGAUCAAAUCUUGGGUACAAUCCUUCUGGUCCGAUUGGGAAGAUGCUAAGGGUGAAUUUGAAUCUAUGGCCAAGUGGGUCGACGCAGGUCUCAGGAUUAUUUCAAGCAAAAUGCAGUCCUUUUCGAUGAUAGCAGCGUACCUGAGAAACAAGGAAGAAGCUGAUUGCCGGAAAGCCCUGGAGGAGGUUGAGGCAAGGAGUGCCAGUCACCCGAUCUCUGAGAUAGCUUGGGCCGAGGAGCGAGCCGAGUGCAAGCGGAGGUGGGAGGAGCUUCAAGUUAGAAAGUAUAACAGAUGGGAUCAGAUAUUGAAGGAGAAGAAGAUUGUAACUGGUGAUCGGGUGACCAAGGAAACCUUCCAGCGGUCAUUGUCCCGAAGGAGAGCGGUUCCAAUGAAAGGAUUGUGCCACCCACAUUUGAACGGCCUUCCACUGGCGACGGACAAUCAAGAGAUGUGUGUAUAUGCAGCUGCAUAUUUCAAGGACAUCAUGACCUCUCGCUCUUGUCACGUGGACCCAGACUCAGACCUGUCAGCACACUCAAAGCUUUGGAAUUCCUUGGGUAUAGCUCUGUCGGAGCAAGCUAAAGAGGAACUGGAUAAACCGAUAACUGCAGAAGAGCUGACAAUGACUCUGAAGACUGUAGCUGUUGGCAAAGCGCCUGGAGAUGACGGCCUCCCAAUGGAAUUCUAUAGAGCCUGCUGGGAGGUGUUAGUCGGUAACUUGGUGGUCAUGUUCAACGAAGUUCUGCAAGGUGGAAGGCUAGGUGAAUCUAUGACAAGGGGCAUCAUUACGUUGUUAUAUAAGAAAGGAGACCGCUGUGAAAUCAGGAACUGACGCCCCAUUUCACUUCUGAACUUUUCCUAUAAACUGCUGGCCAAGACUUUGGCGAACAGACUAGGAAUUUUUUUGCCGGGACUUGUGGGUAUGGAUCAGGGGGCCUUCGUGAGGGGUCGCUCUAUCUUCGAAAAUUUGGCAACGGCGAUCGAGGCCUUGGAGUCUUUCCUUUCUAAACGUAGCAAGUCUAAAUUUUGGCAAGACAUCAUUGGCGCCUGGAAGAGCUGCAGGCCGGAGCUGAGGAAGGACCUGGUUUCCAAGGAAGAUGUUCUGAGCAAGCACCUCUUUGAGAAUCCGAAGUUGUGUGAUGCAUCUGAAACCCCUUUUAGUGCGUCCACGCAGCCAGGCUCGUACGGAAUGAAAUGGAUACAGCGAG